AUGAAUCGAUCAAUUCGUACUCUUCCUCCUUUAUCAUUAUUAUUAAUAAUAUUUCCUACCCUACGUUUUGUUCCUUUAACUCUUUAUUUCUUCUUCUUCUUCUUCUUCUUCUUCUUCUUCUUCUUCUUCUUCUUCGCAUUCGAAUCCUUAUUAAUAUUUAUACUCUUUCGGAAUCAAGUUUUCUUUUACAACUUCGGAAUAUUAUUCCCAGUGAUGCGGAGGCCAGUUUCUUCGUCGGAUGAUUUCUUCUCUCUACUCCCCCCACCCCCGCCCACCAGCAAAAAUUUCUUUUUUAUAUUCUCUUCUUCACUGUUUCUCUCUUACAAUUUAGCCCUCUUUCUAUCCAUCUCGCUAGAUCAGUGUCGCCUACUUCCGCGACCCUUCCAUUUAUUUUUCUUCUUCAACCUUCUUCACGGUGUCAAUUAUUCUUGUUAUCAUCAUUCUACUUUCCUUUUCCCUUCCCUGCUCGUUUUUUAUCUACCCGUUUCUCUUUAUUCAAUUCUUUUCUUUUUGUUUUAUCUACCCGUUUCUUUUUAUUCAAUUCUUUUUGUUUUAUCUACCCGUUUCUCUUUAUUCAAUUCUUUUCUUUUUGUUUUAUCUACCCGUUUCUCUUUAUUUAGUUCUUUUCUUUUUGUUUUAUCUACCCGUUUCUCUUUAUUCAAUUCUUUUCUUUUUGUUUUAUCUACCCCUUUCUUUUUAUUCAAUUCUUUUCUUUUUGUUUUAUCUACCCGUUUUUCUUUAUUCAAUUCUUUUCUUUUUGUUUUAUCUAGCCGUCUCUUUUUAUUCAAUUCUUUUUGUUUUAUCUACCCGUUUCUCUUUAUUCAAUUCUUUUCUUUUUGUUUUAUCUACCCGUUUCUCUUUAUUCAAUUCUUUUCUUUUUGUUUUAUCUACCCGUUUCUCUUUAUUCAAUUCUUUUCUUUUUGUUUUAUCUACCCGUUUCUUUUUAUUCAAUUCUUUUUGUUUUAUCUACCCGUUUCUCUUUAUUCAAUUCUUUUCUUUUUGUUUUAUCUACCCGUUUCUCUUUAUUUAGUUCUUUUCUUUUUGUUUUAUCUACCCGUUUCUCUUUAUUCAAUUCUUUUCUUUUUUGUUUUAUCUACCGUCUCUUUUUAUUCAAUUCUUUUCUUUUUUUGUUUUAUCUACCCGUUUUUCUUUAUUCAAUUCUUUUUUUUUUGUUUUAUCUACCCGUCUCUUUUUUAUUCAAUUCUUUUUGUUUUAUCUACCCGUUUCUCUUUAUUCAAUUCUUUUCUUUUUUGUUUUAUCUACCCGUUUCUCUUUAUUCAAUUCUUUUUCUUUUGUUUUAUCUACCCGUUUCUUUUAUUCAAUUCUUUUUGUUUUAUCUACCCGUUUCUCUUUAUUCAAUUCUUUUCUUUUUUUGUUUUAUCUACCCGUUUCUCUUUAUUUAGUUCUUUUUUUUUUUUAUCUACCCGUUUCUCUUUAUUCAAUUCUUUUCUUUUUGUUUUAUCUACCCGUUUCUUUUUAUUCAAUUCUUUUUGUUUUAUCUACCCGUUUCUCUUUAUUCAAUUCUUUUCUUUUUGUUUUAUCUACCCGUCUCUUUUUAUUCAAUUCUUUUUGUUUUAUCUACCCCUUUCUUUUUAUUCAAUUCUUUUCUUUUUGUUUUAUCUACCCGUUUCUCUUUAUUCAAUUCUUUUGUUUUUGUUUUAUCUACCCGUUUCUUUUUAUUCAAUUCUUUUUGUUUUAUCUACCCGUUUCUCUUUAUUCAAUUCUUUUCUUUUUGUUUCAUCUACCCGUUUCUCUUUAUUCAAUUCUUUUCUUUUUGUUUUAUCUACCCGUUUCUUUUUAUUCAAUUCUUUUUGUUUUAUCUACCCGUUUCUCUUUAUUCAAUUCUUUUCUUUUUGUUUUAUCUAA